UUUGUGUAGGAAAAUAUGAAGAGGUUUUCCUUUGUUUCCUUCUGCGCAGCGGCGCUGGUGCUACUGCUAUUUUCAGGUGAAACUCGCACGGUGGAAGCAGUGACAUGUGACCCCUCGCAGCUCAGCCCCUGCUUGGCGGCGAUCACGUCUUCAAAGCCUCCAUCAGCCACUUGUUGCAGCAAGCUGAAGGAGCAGCAGCCAUGCUUUUGUGGGUACCUUAAGAACCCAACUAUUAAACAGUUUGUCGACAAUCCCGACUCCAAAAGGGUUGCUAGCACUUGUGGAGUUGCGUAUCCUAAAUGUUAAAAGUUUGGUUGAUUAAGUAUCUAUUGGCAGCAUAGGAUUUUCUUGCUGUCAAGUACUGAUCUGAAUAAAUGAAUACUGAUGUGAUGGGAUGAAAUAAAAUUAAGAUAAUUAUAUAUAUAUAUAUAUAUAUAUAUAUAUAUAUUCUACUUGUUUAAGGAUGAAGAAAGUGGUACAUGUGCUGUGA